AGUCUAAACCACUGUGAUCACUCUUUCUGACUUCAAAGUCUCCACUUCCUCCCAGUUUCUUCAAAGUGUUUUCAAGGAUUUAUUCUGGCGGAGCUCACCGCAUGGCGAUGCAUCAACAAACAUGUCCGACUGAAGUGGUGGCUUUAGGGUGAGCUUUUGACCCGCAUGACAUUCCGUACAUGCCUUUAUCUCCAUCUCUCUGGUUGAAAACAUGCUAUAGAGAGGGAAAAAAACCUCAAAUGAUCCCAAAUGAGCGAGGCGCUGCGGGAUGUUGCUCAGAGAUCAGCCUUUGGUAUGAGGAGGCGCCACCCCUCCAUCGCCUCAGAGCAUGUGGUUCCCAUCGCUCCUGUUGCUGUUUUUGAGGAGAGUGAGAGCGAACAACACAACUGCAGCUCAAAUGGAUCGGCUGCACAUUUUUAAGCCAUUUCGAUAGUUUGUUGCUGUUACGACGUCUUUACCUGCGACUUUUUUGUCUAUGGCAAGCUCCUAAGCUGCAUUUCUUAAAAGUAAUUUUGAGCGCAGUCCCAGGGGAGGCUGCUCCUGACAGGUGCGCAGAAAGGAUGGGCAGACGUGAAGCAGACAGCAGAGGCGCAAUGAACACCAGCGAACACUCCGAGCUCGGUUGUCUGCAAGAGGCGGCAUCCAGUGACCAUCGGGCCGGUGAAGAGUCCCCGAUUCUGGGCUGCCAGCGCGUAGACAGGCGGCACAGACAGUCGGACACGGAGGCGGGGAGCCGGGCACUGACUGCCAUGGCAGAGCCGAUGGAAGUGAAGAAGCACCAGCACAAGCACAACUUGAAACACCGUUACGAGGUGAUGGAGACUCUGGGAAAAGGCACGUACGGUAAAGUGAAGAAGGCGGUGGAGAGGGCAAGUCUGAGGACGGUGGCAAUAAAAUCAAUCCGCAAGGAGCGCAUCACUGAUGAACUGGACAGGAUUCACAUCCAGAGAGAGAUUGAGAUCACAUCUUCGCUCAGACACCCCAACAUCAUCCGCUUCCACGAGGUGUUCGAGAGCCGAGAUAAGAUUGUGAUAGUGAUGGAGUACGCCAGGAGAGGAGAGCUGUACGAUUACAUCCAGGAGAGGAGACGACUGACUGAAACAGAAGCCAGAAGCAUCUUCAGACAGAUCACAUCAGCUGUCCACUACUGCCACAAGAAUGGUGUUGUGCAUCGAGACCUCAAGCUGGAGAACAUCCUGUUAGAUCAGGACCUGAAUGUAAAGCUGGCAGACUUUGGACUUUCCAACCAUUUCCAGAGGGGCGACCUGCUGCAGACUUACUGUGGAAGCCCACUCUAUGCUGCUCCAGAAAUAGUGAAAGGACUGCCAUACCAGGGGCCAGAGGUGGACUGCUGGGCGCUCGGUGUGUUGCUGUAUGCCCUGGUUUACAGCAGCAUGCCAUUUGAUGGGGCUAGUCACGCCACACUCACAGAGCAGAUCAGCCAAGGGCGCUACCGCAGACCAAACCCCCCCUCUGACGCCUGCGCUCUUAUCAACUGGCUACUGACAGUACGUGCAGACGAGAGGGCGACGAUAGAGGACGUGGCCAACCACUGGUGGGUGAACUGGGGUUUUGAGGAGAGUGUGUGUGACUGCCCUUCAUCCUCACACCAAGAAUGCCCCUCCCCCCUCCUGGCUCGCUACAUCGACUGGCAGAAUCGGGUCACGUCUGCCAGUAACAUGGCUGUUGACCCAGGGUGCCUCUCGUUAGACUCUUCCUAUCCGCCCCAACCUUCUACUCACCCCUUUUACUUCAGCCUACCUUUAAAAAGCGAUCGUGGUGGUGGAGGAAGGGCACGUGGAGGGAUGUCAAGCGUUAGGAAGUCACGCAAGGAAAAUGUGAUUCCCCAGACUGCACUUGGAGCUUGUGGAGGUGUUUGUGUCACGACUGCUUCAUCCGCUGGCAUUUCUUCAGCUUCUAGCAUUGAAAGAAAGAAACCUAAAGGCAUUUUAAAGCACCAGAGGAGUUGUGACUCAGUCUUUCACAGCCCUCCUAAAGAAAACUCUUCCUCCAAACCUUGUAGCACUGCUCCGAGGCCAUGUAGAACAUUUUCCCACACACAUACUGAAGUCCUGUCCUCUAGUCUGCCACCGGCCUCAUCAUUCAGUCAGCCCUCAUCAAAAAUGCCCAAGAAGGGGAUACUCAAGAACUUGUAUAGCGGGGAGUCGGUUUAUGUUUCAUCAUCAGAGAGGAGAAUCUCUGGAGUAGGAGGUAAAGAAGCUGAUGUAAGUGACUUAUGCACAGACAAACAGCACACUUGUCUCCCAGCAGCAGAAGACAGCCCCACCAUGCGCACAGAGGCAGUAAGAAGGAGAAAGGGUAUCCUGAAACGUAACGGCAAAUUCUCUCGCAGUCUGGAUCUUCCUGAUGGGCAACACUCAUCUCCUUCCCCUGCCCCCACAAUAUUGCCUGAAGCCUUGCAGCACCUCCUCCAAGCCACAGGGGGCGCCGAUGGUCGUCGCAGCCGUCCCUCUAGCGUGGUGAGCGAGGACAGCCUCUUCUCCUCAGACUCCUUUGACCUACUAGACCUCAGCGCCCAAUCACGUCGCAGGUUUUUCACCCGGGGAAUGCAACGCAGUGCCUGUAGCUCUGAGGAAGACCUGGAGCAGCUGAAGGUCGACGAGGCUGGUGGGGAUGUUAAAGGACUGAGGAAAAUGCUCACAUAAGCCUAAAACGUGAUGGACUCAUUUGUGUGGGGACGAACUGUGCUUAUUUUCACUUUAAUAGUCGGUAAUAAUUAUUUCUGUGUGAAGAAAAAAUCUAAAGCUCCUGUGAAGAACUUUUGGCUUGUGUCGACUAUGGAUGUCACAAGGCGGAUAAUUAAAUUAAUCUAGUUAGAAACAAGCUAUAAUUAUGUUUAGUUUACUAGUAUGAGGAUGCUAUCACACUAAGGAUCCAAGUACGCUUGAACCCAAAGUCUGGUUCAUUUUGGUCAGUGUGAGUGCAAAUGAACUGUACUUGGACCCAGGCCUGGGCUCGCUUGGGGAGGCAGUUUCAGCGCAAUUCAAGAGGACUCUGGCAUGGUUUGAAUGAAAUGUGAUUGCAAUAAUGCCCAAUACUGGGCAGAGAGUAGCAUCAGUUAUAUGACAUCAAUUCAAAAACAAAACCUCUUUCUGACUAGUUGUAUUCAGUGAGGAAAGCUGCAAAGGCAACAAAUGUCUCCUGUCAACUUUAAAAAAAUCUUGUAGUCGCAAUUUUAAAAAACAUUCCAUGGUGGCAGGAUGCACUCUUUUGCCAGCAUAAAACAAAAACAAUUGUCACUCCAUUCAUGACCUGACUGUUUGCCAUGGUAGUUUCUUUUUGACCCCCUCCUUGGUGGGUUUGCUAACUAGCCACCCGCUGUAUCAGACUAAGUACAUACACAAGGGCUUGGAAAGAUGCCUCUAAUGUGAAAGCAAGCCAGCUGGAGGGGGGGUAAUUGUGCCACAGCGCUGUAAUGUGAAAGCACUCUUUUUGCAGGACGCAGUUGAUGUUAGUAGUGCUUGUACUGCUGGUCUUUAAUCCUUUUUGCAGGUUAACGUCCGCAUUCCUGAGCUGAAUGUUGUUACUGAGUGCUUAGGUAUAACCAGACGACCUAUGUACAACUUAAUCCCCCAUUUUUAGUUCAAAAUAGUGCUAAACUGCACUAUCCCACAAGAUGUUAACAGUGCUAUCAGUUCAGUUGUUUACACUCCUAUAUUCAAUAGGGAUGUUUCAGACUGAGUGCAUGCUUGCUGCGUGACGACUGCAGCCCUUGUCUGCUACAGCUUGCUCUGCUACAGCUUUCAUACCAGACACAUGUGCCUACAAGUUACCUGAUUCAGUAUUUAACUGAGCCUGGAAAAAUUCCAAAUACAAGCAUUCUACAUGGGUCAAGAGAGUAUCGUUUCUCCCUGUAAGCGCCAAACCGAGUUUUUCCUUUGUAAAAGCACAAACUAGAAAUGUAACCGUACUGUGUUCAUCUUCCCUAUAGCAUAUUCUACCGGCUAGUCAAAGUCUAGAGAACUGCUCUGUUAGACUGACGUGUUUGACACAUUGCAAAUAUAUUCUUCUGAUGUGUCUUUACAUACAGUAUCUGUUUUCUUGACUGAGGUAAAUGUGGCUCUUGAUCAUUAUCCUGCCUAUUUUGGCUGAGAGAAGUAAAUGGCUCUGAAAAAAAAGCCUUAUAUUCUAUUAUCAUACUUUGAGCAUGAGACUCAGGACUCACACCAGCAAUCUGAAAGCCCUGAUUUGCUAACAUGUAUUCUGAAAUGAAAACCAUGCCACGAUGCAGCUGUUACACAGCCGCCAUGCAACCAUUCUGAAACAACCAUUUAAAUGCGUAACGGUAACAUGGCAAUAGCCAUUAACUGGGGCAACAGAAGCUUCAAGUGGUGUGCAGCUGCAUUAAGACAGUGUUUGACCAAGAUUUUUGGCUUGAACUUGUAAGAAAGAUCAAAAAUUCGGGUAACUUAGUAGAAUUUUCUAGUGGCAACUACCAAGGGACAGGGCAUUCAGUCAUUCAGCCGGCCAAUCGCGCACAUCUCCGGAGCCGAUUACAGAUAUAUUAGAUGCAAAUAUUUCCAUCAUGCAAAUGUAACUCUAUACUGAAUCUCUGAAGUGGAAAAUAUAAAAAUAGCUGUAUAAGCUUUCCUCAAGCAGUGAUUUGGGGAAUUAGUGAAAACAUCAUGAAAGCAGUCACUCUAGCCAUUGAUGGUCUUGCUUGUUAUUAAAGGUCAUGUAGAGACUUCGGCUGGUUUCAUAGCUAAAAACUUCUCACAGGAGCUUUAACUCAUGCACUACAUUUAAAUAUGAUCAUAAUUAUGUUGCAGUACAGUGAGCCACUAGGCUAAAGGUGACACCUGAAGGGGAACCAGUGUCUGCACAUUUGCAGAGCUGGGACCUGAAUUUUUCUAACUAAACACUCUCCAUUCUGACCUCACCCACACAAUAGAGCCCCUUAUAAGAUAUUAGAGCUGAUUUCUGCACAGACUGGCCAUGAAAAUCCAGUUCCCUAAACUAUUAAGUAAAAAUGAGUGUCAGUUUGCACAUAAGAAUUGAAGUGUCAAAACAAACAGUCCGCAUCAAGAGGAACACACAGAAAAUUUCAUAUCCCCAGUGCUCAAAGUGCCACUCUGUGGCCAUCUGCAGUACAAUUAGACUUGAAAAUCUGAAUGUUUUCUGUUUAACCCAACAAAAACAGAGCUAUGUUAGAGAACACUGUAAGACAUCCAGCGUUUACGGCCUCCCAAAACGCUGUUUCCUAGUGGAUGAAAUGCCAUUACAGCAAAAAACAUUUGCAUAUACUCCUGAAUUCGUCUCUGUGUGGACGGGGCCAGAGUGAGUGAGUUUAUAUUCACAAUGGUGAUUUGAUGAUCUUUUGCACUUGAAAAUACAUAGAAGCACUUAAAAUACAUAAGAACUUUUGUGAAUUUCAGUGAACAAAAAAAUUACCAUGUUGCACGCUCUUCUUCAGCACAGGGUUUAAAUGGAUACAACUGGGGUUUGGAAGUAUUCAAGUGUUAAUUCUAACCUGCCUUACUGCUUAUAUUUGAUGAGUGGAAAGCACCACACAUUGAUUUGCAUUUUCUUUUGCAGAUAUUCUUUCAGAGGAAUUCAACUAAACUUUUACUGGUCUCAUCUUAGUGACAUUAUUUUAUAAGCUCUGUAUAAACAUUUAAAAUGUUUUUUUCCUGAAAUGUAGUUCCAGUUGCAAGCAUUUGUCAAAAUACUAAUUUAAUGUUCAUCCAUCUUGUCCUUAACUUUCAGCUCUAUUCACCGUGCUCUAAUCUUUCAUCAAAUAAUUGUAUAUUGCCUUCACACAUUAAAUAGGGGGAGUUAAAGUAAAACUUCCCCUAUCUUAUCAUGCUGUUGAGCAUAUUUGUGUUACAGUCAUCUGCUGCUCAAAAUUGCUCAUUUGCAUCAACAGACACAGAUGUGAAUCACAUGCUUGUUCCCACUAAUGCUGCUGUUGACUUUUGUAUAGGUGUUGUAUGCAGAUGAUGUCAUAUCGAAUCCAUCCUUUCAGGUUAAAACUGUAACUGUUCAAUUUGUUGUUUAUUUGUUUGUGUAGUUGUUUUUAUGGGGGGAGGGGGUAAUAAAUAAAU